AUGCAGACCAAGCAUUUUAUCGACGAUCCGACUCACCUCGUCCAUACCGCCCUCCACAGCCUGACACUGACCAACCCUUCGCUCGCCCUUGAUUUGGAAAACAAAAUCAUCUUCCGCAAGCCUACCAAAGAACUACUCGAGAAGCCGAAGAUCUCUAUCAUCUCCGGCGGAGGAUCUGGCCAUGAACCUGCAUUCGCCGGUUUCGUUGGCAAGGGCUUCCUGACAGCCGCGGUGGCAGGGACAAUAUUCGCCAGCCCCAGCGCCGAAGCUGUCCGACGGGCCGUGCUUUCGAGAGUCCCCACAGACAAAGGCGUUGCUGUGAUUACUUUCAGCUAUACCGGGGACAUCCUGAACUUUGGAAUGGCCGCGGAGAAAGCGAAAGCCGCCGGAGUCGAUACCGAGUUCUAUGCGAUCGGUGACGAUGUGGGAGUAGGCCGGGCGAAGAGCGGAAAGGUGGGAAGACGAGGGAUCGGAGGCUCCAUCUUAGUUCUUAAGAUCGCCUGUGCGCUCGCAGAAGCUGGCGGCAGUCUUGCAGAGGUGUAUAAGCUCACGAAGCAGGUCGCCGAAAACCUUGUUUCUGUAGGAGCAUCAAUGGAACAUGUCCAUGUCCCCGGACGUUCGGUGGCUGAUCCGAACUCCGAUGAAAUCAUUCCAACCGAGGAGAUUGAGAUUGGAAUGGGUAUCCACAAUGAACCAGGUAGCCACCGUGUGUCUGCGACAUUACCGGAGCUCAUCAAAACCAUGCUGGCCCAGCUGCUCGACCCGAACGACACGGACAGACACUAUGUGGACAUCACGAAGGAUAACAGAGUGGUGCUGCUGAUCAACAACCUGGGCGGCGUCAGUAACCUCGAGAUCGGCGGCAUCGUGGCCGAGGUCCACAAACAGCUCAAAGAAGACUGGGAAAUCGUGCCCGUGCGAGUCAUCGCAGGGACUUUCAUCACCUCUUUGAACGGGCUCGGCUUUUCAGUCUCCAUACUCAAGCUGGAUGACACCGGCCUUGGAAAGGGCAAGUCUAUGCUUGAGCUGCUCGACGCUCCGGCCGAGGCAGUGGGAUGGGCCGCAGCAAUUCAGACAUCGACGUGGGAAGCUGACAACACCGGGACGAUGGACAAGUCGAUCGACUCGGUAGAGGCGAAACCCAGCAAUUUGACUCUUGACCCGAAGCAGUCACAUGAGGUUCUCAAGGCAGGCCUGGACAAGAUGAUCGCCGCCGAAAAAGACGUCACCAAAUUCGACACCAUUGUGGGCGAUGGCGAUUGUGGCAUCGGCUUGAAACGCGGCGCUGAGGCUGUCCUCAAAGAACUGUCGUCCGGAGAUCUGCCCACGGACGCCGUCGCUUUCGUCAACAAGAUUGUGCCUGUUGCGGAGAAUUACAUGGAUGGGACCUCGGGUGCCAUCUAUGCCAUCUUCCUGAACGCCCUGGCCCAUGGCCUCCGAGAACAAGACUCCGGCUCCUCAAAGCAGGUGGAUGUUAAGACCUGGACGGCUGCACUCAAAUCCAGUGUCAAAGCAUUGGGCAGAUACACUCCGGCGGUUCCUGGGGACAGAACUCUGAUGGAUGCGCUGGUGCCGUUCGUUGACACUCUGGAGAGAACUGGCGACGUCAAGAAGGCUGCCGCUGCCGCAAAAGAAGGCGCGGAGAAGACCAAGAGCAUGAAGGCCAGCCUGGGCCGGACAGUCUAUGUCGGCUCCGAAAGUGAAUGGAUCGGCAAGAUACCCGAUCCCGGGGCUUGGGGCUUGCAAGAAUUCCUGGUGGGUUUGGCUGAUGCUUGUUAG